AUGGACAUCCUGCGGAGGACGACAUCCGUUGAACUUACGCGGCUCCCCGUCAGCGCCGCUGACACACUGAGUGACGUCGUCUUUCCAUGGCAAUCGCUAUGCUUCAGGUUGGCCAUGGUAUUCAACAACGAAGGGGGCAAGUACGACAAAGACGGCAGGGCGCUCAUGGUUGCAGUGGGUGAGAGUAACUUUGUGCUUAUGUGGCGUAAACUAUUUAAUGCGUUAUGCAUCGCUCCUGUGGUGGUGGAUGGGUCCGACACCCAACACAAGUUAAAUGCGGAAAGCGGUUCCCUGCACACUAGCACCUCGUCUUCUUGGUGUACGUACGACCCCACGCGAACAGGCACACUCGGUAAAAUCGCUGGAAAGCUCUUUGUAGUGACGGCCAAAUGUGUGUCUGAAGGUGCCACGCUUGAGACCACGGCGCCGACCUCCGGCGAGGUGGAAGAAAGCGGCCAGGGAAAGGAGACACCGAUCCCAAGACGCAUCGAGUGUGUGUACGACUUUCAUUACACGUUACCUGAUUUUGAUAUUUGGGGAAACGACGUUACCAUUGGCUUCUUGGUCAUGUCCCAUUAUUCCGGGAACGGUAAUGUUGAUUUCGUCCGCUCGCUAGACCCAACGGCUUCUCGCGUGAAAAAUUUGUUUAAGUCACCCACCGUGGUGUUGGGAACUUGUCACUACCGAGCGGUUGCGAGCCGGCUUCUGCGAUGUACCUCCGUGGCGAGGCAAAUAUCAAGCACCAGCGUCAUGAUUUGUGUGAACGUAGCAAACGUUGCACAUGUUCCUGUCCGAGUACAAGAGGUAUCGUUCGACAUUUACUCCACACAAAUGGGCGAGGGUGACAACGACAUCGGCGGUGUCCAACUCACCCAUGAGCAGCGAUUUGGGCCAUGCGGCACAGAUUUGAAGGCCAUCAAGCUUCUGCAACGCACCGUCACGGUGACACCAUUAUUGUUACAUGGGCGCUGUCUCGAGGAAACGCUCCAGCCGGGAGAGUCGGCUUGUUUUCAGUUUGCUAUCGGAGUGCAGCCCCACCUGUGUCACCUCCUUGAGACACAUCCACGACAGGAGCCGCACAGCAGGUACGCAAAUAACACCGCCAGUGUCGCCGUCGAGGCGGAGAACGCUCCGUAUUCGAUGCGAAAUGACGUAUCACCCAUUUUGCCCCACUCCCCUGUCGCUCCACAAACGGUGUGGAGACCCUCGCCCAUCGGGACUGUUGAAUGUGUUCCAUGUUCUGAACUUAAGCAGGUACUCUUCUCUAAAUUCGUUUCGCAAGCGUAUGUGAGCUACAAUCCUAUAGUUUCGGCAGGUGGGGAAAUCACAGAUCAGAGAGUGGCAUCCCCCGCUUGUCUCACUAUCCGGCACUCGGUGCCCUGGUCCAUGCUCGCGACGAGGUUGGCCACGUAG